AUGGACCCUGAACUCGCGGACGAGGCAAGCAGUGCCCAUGAACCCCCUCCGGGAAACCCUCCGGCACCAGAGCCUGUGAACCCUGAUCCCGUUGAACCGGUAGCGAACGACCCUACCCGUGAUCUCAUCUACCAUAUGCUGAACAGAAUGGACCAGCAACAGGCUGCGAGGGACCCGCAAGCCGCAGUUGUCGCUCAACCAGACUUCCUCCAGCUUGUGAUGAUGGUAAAGAAAAUGGGGAGGAGGCCGUACCUUGGUGGGUCCGACCCCUUUGCGGCAGAUGCCUGGCUACAUAACCUCGAGAGGAAUUUUGCUGCAACGCGUUGCCCAGCAGACUACAAGACAUAG